AUGGAUAAUAUGAUGAAGGUGAAGCUGAGCUCCCGAUUUAUAUGCUUUUGCGAUAUAGACUCCAAUCGGGCGAGAUCCACUUUGCCACUCGGGUUAGAUGGCCAAGCCCAUUUGUCAUACUGUGGGCCUUGCCGUCCUUUUCAAUUUAACGCCUACGGAGGAGAAAGAGCCAAGCAGAGAGAGAGUAGACAUAAAGAGAGAGACUUAGCGCUAGGAAAAAGGACCAAAACCACCGUGAGCAUCAAUCCACAAACCUCGAAAGAAGACUUUGAUGGAAUCCCUGAGGACUUGGUAUUUGAGAUUAUUGGGAGAUUGCCUGCGAAAUCUGUGGCUAGGUUUCUUCUAGUAUCCAAGUUAUGGACAAGGAUCAUCCGCAGUCGAGCGUUCAUCGCAUCUUUCCCGUUAGGGUCUUCUUCACAGCCUCGACUCCUAAUCGCUUUCGGUGGUUUAGAUAGACGAGUAGAACGUCGUUCUAGGCGGUGGCAUCCUAGCAAUAAUCUGUCUUAUCAAGUAUACGGGAACUAUUUUCUUCUAAACUACGAGGGGAACGUAGCAAUACCCUUUCAAGCUACUAGAUAUACAUUUGAUGUGUGGGUUUUGGAUCAGGAUGCUGAAAAACAAGAAUGGUUGAGGAUAUUAACUUUCAGUAUUGAACCUUGGAUGGCUUUAUUUCAUUACAUGUUACGCGUCAGAGGCAUUACACGGACGGGUGAGUUUAUUUUGGUACCACGGAGCUACACUUGUAAUGAAGUUUAUGUUGUCCAUUACAACCCCAACACGGAUAGCUUUAGAAAGAUUAUGGUUCAUGUAAACGCAGGCUCUGACUCUAGGCUUCCUGGUCCGGAAGGAACAGUUUUUUUGGAUUACGUAGAGAGUGAGAGACAGUUCAUGAUAUCUGAUACCGAUACUGUUUUUUACCACUUCCCGCUGAUUAUAGUCUUGGCAAAGCUGAAGCAGUGUAACCAUAGUUUUGGGUACUACUCUAGGUCAAUUUAA